AAUGUCUAACUGGAAGAAAAAUAUUAAUCGUCGCUCUAUUCGAUUUUAUAAACUUUGAAAUCUGGACAUUAAGAGCCAAAAUAGAAAUAAUACUGCGAUGCAGGGUCUGAUGAAAAAUAUGACUAGAUGCCAGUUCCUUAUAAUCAAAUCACGAACACGUCUUUCAGAAAUUUAUUUUUGUUUUGAUAGAGAUAAAAAUCACAUUGUCUUUCUCACAAAUUAUCAUCGAUCUUAAUAUUCUAUACUGUGACCGGAAAGCGCGAUACUGUGACACGUUCCAUACGGUGAUGUUGUGAUUUAUGAUACUUAUCGUCUUAAUAGAUUGUUGAAACUCACAUUGAAACAAGAAGAAGAGACAGAUGUAAAUGACUUUUAACUCGACAAAACACACAAGAAACAAAGGCAAUGGAGAAGGCAAUUGUUCGGUUCUCGUAUCCGGCUGAAUAUGAGGAUGAACUUACUCUGCUUGAAGGGGAGACUAUAAAUAUUGUAGAUAAAUGUUUAGAUAAUGGAUGGUGGAAGGGGGAAUUGAAUGGUCGAACAGGUGUCUUUCCAAAUAAUUUUGUAGAAAUCAUCAAAGAAGAAGCGGAUAUGGAUUAUCAUCAGGAAGAUCAUUUAGACCAACUAGCAAGAAUGGAAUUUGGGACAAAGAAGAAGCAUUUCGAACGUAUAUUUCGGACCAAACAGCCAUUACCAACACAACCCAUGACAACGAAAUGUGAACAAACAAAUUCAGAUGAAUCGGUUUCAAAGGCAUAUGAUUCCAAAAACCAGACAGCAGAAACCAUCAGGCCGUUAAAACCACCGAAAGCACCGAAACCGCCGAUACCGCCGAAACCACUUACUAGGAAUCACACACUAAGGACAUCGAGGUGCUAUUCGUCUCUAAAAUCGCCAAAGAAACCCGAGAAAGGAACGACAACAACCAAUGAAUCGAGAUUCCAUGUACUGGAAAACAAUUUUGAACGGGAAUUAUGCGAACAAGUGACAGAGAUAUCGUCUAGAAAGGGCCGCAAAUGGUCUCCAGAUAAUCUUGAGGUAUUUAAACACCCUUUGCCUUUGAUCAGUACCGAAAGUGUACAAAGUGAAGACGGCAAAGAAGAAAAAAUAAUUUUAAAAAGCGAAAAUGAAGUAUUUGAACAAAUAAAACAGAUUGAUUUGCCAUUGGUUGUUGUAGCCGUGGUAGGUCUAUACAGAAGUGGCAAAUCUUAUUUGAUGAAUCGUUUAGCAAAGUCUACUAAAGGUGGUUUUGAAUUGGGCAAUACAAUUCAAUCGAAAACUAAAGGUAUUUGGGUAUGGUGUAAAAUGCAUCCGACACAAAAGAACACAGUUUUGGUGCUUCUUGAUACCGAGGGUCUUGGCGAUGUCGAUAAGGAUGAUCAAAAUCAUGACAACACUAUUUUUACUUUGGCGACUCUCCUUUGCAACUGCCUUGUUUAUAACAUACAGACAGCUUUCAAUGGCGAUGCUCUUUCUAAACUUACAUUUGUAACAGAAAUGGCGAGUUAUAUUCGGUACCGAGGGAUUUCCUCGGAAGAUAACGAAAUGUUAAAUUUGAUAUUGCCAAUAUUCGUUCUUCGUAUCCGAGAUUGCAGUCUAGAGUUGGUAAAAGAUGGAAAGCCGAUGUCAACAAACGAAUAUCUCGAGGAUUGUUUAGCUGAUAAGAAAAAGAGAGCUGCAAAAUUCAACAAACAACGGAAAUGCAUCAGAAAAUACUUUCCAACACGGGCAUGUUUUGCAUUUCCACCGCCAGGUGAUGAUUCUGCCAUUCGUAACCUUCAACACUUGAGCUUUGAUGCUUUAUGUGACAAAUUCAAAAAGGCGACAGAGAUCUUUGUAUCGUAUAUCUAUACUAUCCCACCAAAAGAUAUGUCAGGAAGUACACCAAUCAAUGGAGAAAUGUUCGUUACAUUGGCAGACCGAUAUGUAAAUGCAUUUAAACAAGGCAUUGCCGCAGAUGUUGAUGGUGCAUUUACUGCUGCAGCAAAAAUAAAAAAUACCAGAAUAAAAGAAGAGGCUUUAAAAAUAUUUUCAAGUCAAAUGCUUAAGGUAGUUCUACCAGUAUCAGGAAACGUUUUCAGACGCCUAUACACAAAAGCACAACAGGCGGCGCUGGAGUAUCUUCGGCAGAACACUGUAACAGUUCCUGAUUUACAAGCUGAUUGUGAAUAUCAAACUCAGAGGGAAAUGGAUGAGCUCUGGAAUACAAUGAAAGAGGAAAAUGACAUAUUGGUUCAACAAAAGUGCGAAAAUACACUGCAAGACGACCCUGUAAAGAGAAGUAUUGACAAAAAACUAAGAAAUAAAGAUUAUGAGACAGCAGGUGGUUAUCGGAAAUUUCAGCGUGAUGUUGAAUUGCUUAAAGAAGGAUAUUUCAGUAAUCUCCGCGACUUCGAGGAAAAAGAGAUUUUAUGGACAUGGUAUGGGUUUAUAAAAUGUUCAAAAGAAUCGGAAGUAAGAAUAGUUGAAGCAGACGAAAACUUGGCGAAAAGGGAGAAAGAAGAAGAGCAAAGGCGAAACCAAGAAAACAUAGACAAAUUAAUGAAGGAACAACAAAAAGCACAAAAAGAAGCUCUAGCUAAGCAGAAAAAAGAUCUAGAUGAUCAUUACAAGAAGUUAGCUGAAGAUCGUGGAAAACAAAUUAAAGUAGACCAAGCUAAAUAUGAAGCCUUUUUGAUUGAAAGGUUUGAAAAAGAAGCAGCACAAAAAGAACUUGAACGUUUUAAAGAGGCCGAAAAAAAGAGAAAAGAGAAGUGGUUCGGUGCAAGAAUGUGGAAUGCACUUUGGAAUGAUGAAUUAAUGCUCUAAAAAUUACUGAUAAUACUUAUAUAUAUAUAUAUUAAUUCAGUAUGUGUUGUAAUUGCAUAUUGUGUACUUUUUUACAUUAAUUUAUAAUAAUUCAUAAUAAUUCCUUACACGCAAGUACAAAUACCUUUUCUGUUCUGUAUUUAUGGUAGAAAAGUGUUAAAGUUAGUAUGCCUAAUUCAAUCGAAAACAUGAAUUAGUAUCAAAUUUUGUUGCAUAUUACAAACAAAACGUUUUACUUUAUGUUAAUUGAACGAUAUAGUACAUAGUCUUCAGUUUUAAUUCGAAAAUUCGAUUUAAAAAUAGCAUGUGAUACUUUGUUAAAUCUUGUUUAUUUGCUUUGUCCUAGUCUUACGUUUUAUUGAUAGUUAUGUUUUGUACUUAUUAUCAACUUUUAUUCCAGUAAAACUAGUAAUUUUACAAUGCAAUUGUAAAAAAAUUGUAAUUAAAAUUGUAUAUGAGAAACAAGGCUACAUGUAGCACCCGUAAAAGCAUUUUAUUAUUUAGCAAAUGCCAGUGUUUAUUUUGCAUCAAAUCUAAACUUAAAUAAUAAAUAAGUGUAUGCAUUCAAUUGUAAGGAAACAUAUCCGAAUUCUAAUAAUUGUAAUAAAGCUACUGAUACAUG